AUGGAGUCUAUGGAUAUUGAUGUGGAAAGUGUAUUGAGAUCGAACUCAAUUUGGUUACAUGGAGUCGAUAAUUUAUCAACAAAAGAGAUAAAAGCUUACUUGAAGAAUUUCACUGACGAUGAUUUCAAAAUUGAAUGGAUUAAUGACACUUCAUUGAAUGUUGUUUUUGAAAAUGAUGAAGAUGCUUCAACUAAUUUGAAAAAAUUUACAAAAGAACAAGAUAGAGAGUUUUCACCAACUGAUGAAAGAGAAGCUCAAGACUUUGAAGGUAAGCCAGAUGUUUCUAUUACUUUAAGAAUUAGUAAUUUGAGUGAUAAAAAAGUUAAAAAUGCUGCCCAAUACUCCAGAUAUUACCUUUAUAAUCCACCAAAUCAUGGAACUGAAAGAAGAUCAAGAAAAUCAAGUAGGGGUUCAUCUUAUCGUGAAAGGGAACCUGUUGUUUUUAAAAGAUCCAAUUCAAGAGAUGUUGAAGAAGAUGAUGGAAACGAUUUAUUCCCUGAUAAAGCAGCUUCAAAUGUACCAAAAAAAGUUCAAAUACGGGAUAAUGACAACAUGAUUGAUGAUUCCACAAUUGAACAUCCAAAAUCAGAUUUAGGUUCAAGAAUUGGUACCUUUAUUUCUGAAGGAGAUGAAUUGGAAAACCAAAGACCAAAAACCACAGGAAGUUUACUGGAUAGAAUCGGUUCUAUCGAUAAGUCAAAGUUCAAAGAGAAAAAUUUAGAUAAAGAUGAUUUAUUCAAUUAG